UCAAACACUUGAAUUCAGAGAAAAUUUUGGAAGAGCAGCAGCUAGUUGUUAUUCGAUCUUAGUGCAUUUGUAAUUAAAUAGAAAGUGUUAAAGUGAAUGCGAACCAAGCGCGUAGCGUGUAAAAUGAAUUUGUAUGAAUCCAGGCGGCUGCUCGACGGCUGAAGUGAAAAUUCCAAGCCAAAGAGAGAAAAAAGAAGCAGAGGAGGAAGAAAAAGAAAGAGAGAGAUAGUGCUAGUACGAGAGCAGAAACCCCAACACAAUAAGGAAAGUGUGGAAAAUACAACAACGGCACCGACAACAACAACAACCAACUGCUUGGCCAGUGAAGAAAGAAAAGUGAACUGCAAGUGCAGCGGAGACUGGGCGUCGGACAGCCAGUGACAUCCGUUGCCCCCGCUGUUGCAAGUGCAACUGCAACUGCAACUGCAACAACAAUUUCAUCGAAAGAAUUUUAGUCAAAGUCGUUGGCUCGGUAAAACGGUAAAGUGCAGCGUCAUCAUCGUCAUCUCCCAUCUCCAAGAUGGAUGCCGAAACACAGGAAAUACGACAGGCUCGUCAACGUGCUUCCGUCAAAUGGCUGCUCUCGAAAGCAUUCAACAAUCGCGUGCCAGACAACCUCAAGGAGCCGUUCUAUCGCGAUCACGAGAACCAGGAGCGUCUCAAGCCACAAAUCGUUGUGGAGCUGGGCAAUGCGACGCUUUAUUGCCAAACUUUGUCCAAUUUGUACUCGGAUCCCAACUACCAAAGCUUAAAUCACUGGUCAAUAUUACAGACGCUAGCGCGCAAGGGUGUCCCUGUGGCCGAGUCCUCGGACAUGCCCAUUACCGAAACGGUAUUAAUUCAAACGAAUCCGCUGCGAAUUAACGCUCACAUGUCUGUGAUAGAAUCGCUGAUGGUUUUAUAUGCAAAGGAAAUAUCAUCGGGUGACCGUGUCGUGUCGGCCAUACGAAGAAUAUCUGGCAGCAACUAUCAAGCGCCUCAAGGCCAGUCCUACGAGCAGGGCCUGCUUGCAUGGAUAUCGCAUGCGUGCGCUGCGCUUAAGAAGCGCAUUGUCAAGGAGCUCGAGUCCAGUGUGCCGGAUGAGAUCGGUACGCGUCUGCAGACGCCGGACAUACCGCCAGUGCGUGAUUUUCAGGAUCUGUGCGAUGGCAUCUGCCUUGCGCUGCUCAUCUCCUACUACUGCCCCAAGGUGGUGCCGUGGACGAGUGUGCGCAUCAACUAUUUGCCUGCCGUUGAGGACUCCAUACACAACAUACUGCUCGUUAGCAACUUCUCACAAAAGCAUUUGCCAUACGGCGUCUUCCAUAUGACGCCCGAGGAUAUAACAUAUAUGCGCGGCUCAAUGAAACUGAAUCUGGUGUUGCUGUUGACGGAUUUAUUCAACUUGUUCGAGAUACACCCAGCCAAAUGCGUCUGUUACCCGGGCAUGGAUGGGCAGGAUGUCAUCCAAAGGCGGAGCCAGGGCGCCAAUGAGCACGGAAUCUGCCAUAGACGGGGCCUCACCGUGCAACCCGUAACGCCCAUACCCGAUUUACGCAGCGAUCUCGACCAGCCGCCCAUUGGGUCACCCUCGAGUCGGCCGCCGUUUCAAGUUCCGCACACAAAUUCAUUUAGCGUCGGCGUCGGCAGCUUAAAUCGCAGAUCAACUCCGCCCACCGAGUAUCAAACGAUGCAGUCAAAUAAUUUUGAUGGCAAUCAGGCCGAAGCCUUCGUCGUGCACAAGUCGCGGGGCAUUACCACACUCUCAUCUAUGCACUCGCAGCAGCAGCAACAGCAGCAGCAACAACAUUAUCAGCUUCAGCAGCAGCAGCAACCGCAGUCACAGCAGGAGCCCUUGGUUCCAGCUCGCUUGCGCCAGGCUAAAGAAAAGAACAAUGUCGAGUCGAAGGCAGACGAGAGAGGCGAUUUUGUCGCUGCGGGUCGACCAAGUAACUGGGAUCAGAACCGGCGUCCAAGUUUCGCAGGUCGUCGGUCGCGACGAAACUCGUCCAGCGAAGAUUCACAGCUGACGAUCGAGAACUUUGGGGGCUCACAGGAUCAGAUAAAUACAGUGGGACGCUACGAACGUGAACGGGACAGAGAGCGAAAGCUAUCGAACACAAGCGUGGGUAAGUACAGUUAUCAAUCAAUCUCAUUUGCACUUUCUCAAUUUGAUUUCUUUUAUCAAUUUUCAGAACCUGCCGUAGCCGUGCGAUCUUCGAUUGCAGAUGCUCGUGGCACGUUACAGCUAGGCUACGAUACGGAUUCGGGAUCCGAAAAACAGGAUCGCGAAACGGAAAAGUAUUCAAUGCGUCGACAGGCUAGCAUCGACAAUGUGCCCACAGCCUCUGCGCAUAAUCUGUCCAAUGCGGGCAGUCCGUUGCCGGCGCGUAACAAGCAACAUUCCAUCGACAGGGGGGACUACUCGAACGCCGAGCACUACAACGAUGCCCGAUCGAGUGGCUACGAUCCAGAGAGUACGCCUGUGCGUAAAUCCUCGACCAGUAGCAUGCCAGCGAGCCCGGCUACCUGGCAGUAUGAGACUUGUGACGAUGACUUGCGCUCGCUGGAGAAUGCCACCAAGCUGUCGACGAUGCGAAUGAAGCUGGAGGAGCGACGACGUCGCAUUGAGCAGGAUAAACGCAAGAUCGAAUUGGCAGUGCUGCGGCACCAGGAGAAAGUUUGUCAGGAGGACUUGGAAUCGUGUCCCGACGUCCUGAAGUGGGAGACCAUGAGCAACGAUUCAAAGCGCACGCCAGAAAUGGAUCCAGCCGACAUGGACAAAUACCAACAAAGCAUUGCCAUCAUGAACAUGAAUCUGCAGGAUAUCCAGCAGGAUAUUCAUCGGCUGGCCACCCAGCAAAGCCAAAUGCAGGCGCAGCAUUUGCAAGCGCAGCAGCUGAUGCAGGCACAGCAAAUAGCCAACAUGCUGAAUCAGCAGCAAACCUAUGGCUCGCAGCAGCAUCUGGCCGAGCACCAUUACCAGCAGCGACCCAUGCAGCAAAGCUUUGGCUCAUCACCGCAUCUUCCGCAGGCCUUCAAUGCGCCCGUCAGCGCCUACAACUCCCGUCCGCCCAGCCGCGAUCCCUACCAGCAGCAGCAACAGCAUCAUCCACAUCAGCAGCCCAUGCAAAUGCCUCCGAUGCAGUACGUCAACGAGCACGGCCAGUACAUGUCGCCGCCCGCUCAUUACAUGCAGCCGCAGAGCAUCUACAGCGACAACGGCGGCGCGCCCUACAAUAACCACUCGCCCUAUGGAGCGCCUCCAAUGCAACAAUACCAGCAGCAGCAGCAUCCGCAACGCAACAGUGUCUACGAUGAGUAUGGACAGCCGGCCAAUCACUUUUACCUGCAUGAGUCUCCGCCUCAGCCGCUUGCUCACCCGCAGCGUCGCACCUGGGCGCACUCGGCUGCAGCGGCUGCUUACGAGCAGCAGCAGCAACAGCAAGCUCAGCAGCAGCAGCCACUGUUGGACGUGAAUGCCUGGCAAACGCAGAAGAAGAUGCAACAACAGCAGCAGCAGCAGCAGCAAAGCUGGCCAAAUCGGCCACCUUCCAGCGCAGGCGCGUCCCAGGGCUUUGUGCUGCAUCAGAAUGGAGGCGGAGGCGGCGGAGAGCUGCAGCACCUGUUCCAAGUGCAAUCAUCGCCGCAGCAUAGUCAGCGCAUGCAUGGCGGUGGCAGCGGCAGCUCCAACGGGGUGCAGCGCCAACAGUCGCUGACGAAUCUGCGUGACAAUCGCUCGCCCAAGGGCAACAUGGGCCAGAAUAUGGGCAUGGGACAGCCGGAGGAUAUGAUGGCGCCACAAAGUAUUUGCUUCAUCGGCGACGAGGAGGAUGUUGAUGAGCUGGAACGAAAUAUUAUCGAGUCAAUGCAAUCCACUCGCAUUUCCGAUUUUGUGGUGCAGCAGCAGCAACGUCUGCAUCACCAGCAACAACAACAGCAGCAGCAGCAACAGUUGCCGACGGCGCACAGCGGACGCGGCAGCAGCUCUGAGGAUUACGACAGUGGAGAGCUCAUUUCCAAUAAGCUGAACAUCACCAGCGGCAAUCUCACUUACCGCAUACCUUCGCCGUCGCGCCCCUCCAUACAGGCCAACAGCUUUCAGGAUCCACGUGGCGGUGGUGAGAGGAACGGCAGCGGUGAGGAGCAGCGACCCGAGAAGGGCUUCUAUAUAUCGUUCGACAACGACCAGCCAAAGCGGCCCAAGCCGCCCUUGCGCGCCAAAAAGUCGCCGAAGAAGGAGUCCAGCAGGGACAGUGUGGACAACCAAGUUGUCGUUAAACGUGAAUCGCUAAGUCAACUGCACAACAGCAACAACAUCGCUAUCGAGGAGGCCAAAAAUAAUGCUGCUGCCGCUAGGCACAGCAUUCACAACUUCCCCGGCGGCCAGUCUAACUCACCAGCCGGCAAUGCAACCUACAACAAGUAUACAGACGAGCCGCCCAUUCAGCUGCGUCAGAUCACCACAUCGGGAGCCGAGCCCGAUGCUCAAGAGCGGCGGCACCUCGAGGACCUCACCAAUCAGCCACAGCAACAGCAACAACCGCUCUCUCCUUCACGUCUGAGAGCGGAGCACAGUAUCAACAGCGCCGAGGCGGCCAAGAAUAAGGCGUUAGUCAUUGGCGCCGACUCAACUAAUCUGGAUCCGGAAUCUGUUGACGAAAUGGAGCGUCGUAAGGAGAAAAUAAUGUUGCUCUCCCUGCAGCGCCGACAGCAGCAAGAAGAGGCGAAGGCGAGGAAAGAGAUCGAGGCAUCCCAGAAGCGUGAAAAGGAACGAGAGAAGGAGGAGGAGCGCGCACGCAAAAAGGAGGAGCAGAUGGCGCGACGAGCGGCCAUAUUGGAACAACAUAGACUAAAGAAAGCCAUCGAAGAGGCCGAGCGUGAGGGAAAGACUCUGGACAGGCCCGAUUUGCAUGUAAAGCUGCAGCCUCAGUCUUCAAGCUCAUCCACGCCUCGUCUUAGACAGCAGCGUGUGACCAGGCCACGUCCCAAAACCAUCCACGUCGACGAUGCCAGUGUGGAUAUCAGCGAGGCUUCAAGCCUAUCCAGUCGAGGAAAGAAGGGUUCAAGCUCAAAUCUAACCGGCUACGGUCAACUAAGCUCCAAUUCAAUGAAAAGAGAUUUUUAUAGGGGCUCCCAAGACUCGCUUACAGUAAAAGAAUCACCCGAUGAUUACCCCAGCACAAGUUCAACUCCGAUUGGACGACGGGGAUCUUACAAAACUUCCAGAGGUUGGUGCUGGGUAACAAAGCCAGCCGUCGAAAGGGGUCGCACUCUAUCGCGUAUAUCAGUUGCUAAGGGGAGCACACUUAAUUUCCGUGGCAGAAAAUCCAAUUCGCUAAUGAAUUUGUGCGACACAGAUUCGGGACUGGGACGGGCCACUCCGCCGCGACGCGCUCCGUCACCAGGAAUGGCGGCAUCAGGUAGGCAUAUGCCAUCUCCCUCUGGACCAGGCUCUUUGCCGCCAGGUUUGAUAUCGAAGCGUCGCGGAUUUGAUGAUGGAUCAAGCGAUACGUCUUUAACUGCGAAUGCUAACAUGGAAUACUCGGGUCCAAAACUAUACAAACAACCAGCGGCCAAAUCGAAUCGCGGCAUUAUAUUAAAUGCCGUUGAGUACUGUGUGUUUCCUGGCGCCGUCAAUCGGGAGGCCAAGCAGAAAGUUCUGGAGAAGAUUGCACGCUCUGAAGCCAAACACUUUCUUGUCCUCUUCCGGGAUGCGGGCUGUCAAUUCCGGGCCCUCUACAGUUACUUGCCCGAAACGGAUCAAGUAACGAAGCUGUACGGCACGGGACCUAGUCAAGUCGACGAAGUCAUGUUCGAUAAAUUCUUCAAAUACAACUCAGGUGGUAAAUGCUUCUCACAGGUGCACACAAAGCAUCUGACCGUUACGAUAGACGCCUUCACAAUACACAAUUCCCUGUGGCAGGGCAAGCGGGUACAGUUGCCCAGCAAAAAGGACAUGGCGCUUGUGAUUUAAGUCGAAGUACGAAGCUACUUUGCCCAUGGCUAACUAUUCUGCAACUUUGAAUCAACUGCGAAAGCAAAACGAAUUAAAAGUUUUUACUACGACACCAA